AUGACGUCAACACCUCCUUCAUACGACGAGUGGGAGGAAGUCCAACAGGAUGCACUCCCGCUGCGCGACCCUAUGGAAGCUCUCAGGGAAAUAGAGGCGGCAAGCAACAAACAAAGGUCAAACAAAGAUGGUGGUAGUUGGUCCAUCGAGGCGGGAAAGCAGUUCUGGGAUGCCACGGUGGACCUUCAGAGCAGGGUCAAAGAUCUUGCCGGCAAGGUGUCAGUGGCACAGGCAGUGCGAAUGACCACUAGGGGGUGCUCUAUCAAGUUUGUGGCUGUGAUCGGAUUAACUGGGGCGGGAAAGUCGUCUGUCAUCAAGGCGUUGACCGGCGAAGAUGUACAUGUCGAACAUAGUAUUCACACUGGUACCACCACCUUCGCGAUGUUCCCCACCAUCAUCGACGAGCAGCGCUACGUUUUGAUCGAUACCCCGGGCUUCAACGACCAGGAGCGCACUGAUAUGGACGUUUUCCAAGAAAUCCUCGAUUGGUUCCACACCAUGACACCCUACUGCGACCUCGACGGUAUCCUUUAUGUCCAUGAUAUCACUCCAAAACGCUUCAGUAAAUCGGCCAAACUGAAUCUCGACAUGUUGGAAGCGCUCUGUGGCGAGAAGUUUUUCAAGAAAGUCACGAUACUCACGACGAUGUGGGGCAAUAUGAACGCUCCUGCCGUCAGAGCCGCAGAGAAGCGGCAGGUGCAAUUUGAGCAAGGCCCCUGGAAGAAGCUGAUCGAUGGCGGUGCCCGGGUGUUUCGACACCUAGAUGGAGUGGCCGAACCAGAGGAUUCAGUCAACGGGAAGGAGAAGGAGGAGCUUGAGAAGCAACGCGAAAAGGCACGACUAGAACUUGAGGGCAUUAUCGCUUACUACAAAACAUCGGAAAGAGUCACUCCUAGAAUCCAGAAGGAGUUGAGAAGAAAAGUUGAAAUCCUGAGCACCGCGGCGGGAGACGUACUACGGAAAGGUUACAACUUACCACCCACACUGAAUCAAAUGGACAGUAAUGGUAACACUGCCCCGAAUUCUCCGAAUUGUCGGACCGAUGACAAUUCGACUGUUCCGCAGUCACCGCCCUCUCCGGCAACGACGGCCAACUCCGUGUAUGACAUCCCAACACCUCCAGAAAUUCCCGAGAAACCGAAAAAUUCUAAGGAGGGUGCGGGUGAGGGACCGCCCCCCACGUCACCCUGGUUUAUGCGCCUGAUCAUGGCAGUGACAUGGUUCUUUGGGCGGAACUGA